AUGGCCACCCCAACACCCAACGACCCGCACAGCGGCAAAGGCAAAAACAAGCGUCUUGCAGAAGACGAACUACCCCUCCCCAUGGCAACCUCAGACGCCGCCAAAGAAGCCGGACUAAACAUCCUCAGCCGCCACCACAACCGCAGCACCAACAUCGCAACCGAGUUCUGGGGCCCAGAAACCUACCCUGACACAACACCCACAACACCCACAACACCCAGUUCUUCAUCUGCCCGCCCCCGCUUCAACGUCUACAAAGCCUGCCUUCGCCACAAAGAUCUCUUCUUCCAACUCGUCCUCCGCAUGCCCUACAAAGAACUCGUCGCCCUCUACGCCAUCGACAAGGAAUUCCACUUCCGCCUCAACCACUACAGCACCUACCUCAUCCAUGAAUAUGUGCGUCGUCACGCCCCGCUCGCCGGCCACAUCUUCAGCUGGGUGCUCUUCCCCGACAAGAUUGUGCGUAGCAUCCUCACCAUGUUGAGCAUGGAAGGGCACCGCGUGCCUGCUGCUUGCGAAGCCGCGCUCAUGAAGUACUGGUGUAUCAUGGGUAUGGCUCAGAGUAGGUUGCGUGUUGCGUUUGUGGCGGAUAAGGAAAUCUGGACCGACAAGGAUCUCAUCAACUUCCAGCUCUUCCUCGUUAAGCUCGAUAUGCGCUUGUCGGAUCCCAUUCGGGGUAACGGCACGUGUGCGUUGGGUCCGAUGUUGCUGAGCCAGAAGGGCCUGAGCACGCUUUGGAAGGUGCUGAGUGGCAAGCUCAAGCUAAAUUACGAAAACACGAGCGAUAUGAUUCUGAGGACGUAUGCUGCGGAGGAGUUGGACUUUAAUGCGAAUCCCAUGCUUGGCGAGGAGAUCAGUACGAAUGUUCCGUUACACGAAGAGGGGUUGUUGGCGCUGGAAGGCUGGAAUCUGCAUGGCGCGCGUAUGCCGCUUGCGCUUAACAUAAUCCUUGCUGAGAGUAUUAGGCGGAAGCUACAUGUGGAGCAGUACUACCUGGACUUUGUCUUAUACGGAACCGCCGACCUGAAGAAUGGCAAGAACAUUCCUAUUCCGAUAAGACUGCGAAGAGACAAGCAGGUCAAGUUGCCGAGCGAGGGAAUGGCGACCAAGGAGAUGAAGGAGAAGAUUAUUGGGCUGUUUGAUAAGGGAUUUGGAACGAGGGUUCCGGGUCGGCCUUUAGCAAAGCACUAA